CUAAAUAGGAAAAAUCAACGGUUUCUGCUAUCUAGGGAUUUCCGAUUCACGCUGUUGCAUUUCCGUUUUCCAAUGGCAUUCUAAAAUCGGAUCGGUGUUUUGCAUUCAAUGGCGGACGAGUCGUACACCACCAGCACUAGCACUAGCCAUUUGCUCGGUUCUGUUCCUGCUGUCAUAGCUGAAGAAAAGAAUACCACAAACCAUGAAGUCCCUUAUGCAAAUAUGCAAACUUUCCCUCCCAACAAUGGAGGAGACAGAGGACAGGGAUAUCAAACUCUUGGUAGCCCAACUGAAGCAUUUGGGCAACAACCAACAAACAACUGGCAGGGAGUCUUUAAUGUCUCAUCUUACACACAGUAUUUCAAUGUGGAUACAGAUGUUGUCAUAAGCAGAUUGAUAAGUUCCUUGAAUCCAGUCGGUGAUGACUUUUUCAGCAAGAUAGAUGCUAACCCUGAUUUGUAUGGGCUUAUAUGGAUCUCAACAACGUUGGUUUUUGUACUUGCCUUACUUGGAAAUCUUGCCACGUACCUUAUGCAAAAGCAAGCAGAUAACACUAUUUCUUGGAGCUUUGAUGUCAGCUAUGUAAAUACGGCUGCAUGGUCUAUCUAUGGCUAUGUGAUAGUGGUUCCAAUGGCAUACUACUUUUUCCUUCAGUAUAUGGGUUCAAAUGCUAACCUCAUACGGUUUUGGUGCAUGUGGGGGUAUUCCCUCACCGUUUUCAUCAUGUCCUCCUUUCUAUUGCUUAUUCCAGUUGGGAUUCUUCGGUGGAUUAUAAUAAUCCUUACUGGUGUUGGCUCUGCUAGCUUUGUUGCCUUGAACCUGAGGUCUUUCAUAGAAGGAAAUGAUCUUUCAGUGGCGGUGAUUGCUGCAUUUUUCUUGCAAAUAGCUUUGGCAAUCUUCAUCAAGGUUUGGUUCUUUGCAUAACUCAAAGCGCUGCAGCAGUGAAGAAUAAAACCCAAACCACUAUCAUUGUUACCCCUCACCACUGGCUAACUUUCUAGUUUCUAUAAGUGAGUAGCAUUGUAUGCAACAGAAUUGGUUUGUGUAUUUUUUAUUUUUAUUUUUAUUUUUUGGAUUUCUCAAGGUAUCUUCUGUCCGACAGCCGAAGACUAAUCACUUUGAGAUGGGAGAUCACAUUAAGUGGUUUGUGUAUUUUUAAUUUGUUAGAUGGAUGCAAAAAGAGUUACAAAGUAUUAUGAUUGGUUGUGCUAGGCGGAUUAGCUCGGUCUGAAUGACCUUAUCAUUUUGGGCAAAGCCUUGUGAAAGACCAAUAUUUGGGAAGCCAGGAAGGGGAAGAACAAUCAUUGGUUGCAAUAUUUAUUUCCGUCUCAAUGUUUGAGCUCCGUCCAUAUUUUUGUAUAUAUCAGAUCACUGAUUUCACCAUCUUUCUGAAAGUGAAAAUGCAAUAUCCCAGCCCAUACUUGCACGAUGUUAUCCCUGGAACAGCGGUUGAGUAGGAAAAGAAAAUGCAAAGAAUCAUAUAUAGCCUUUAGGGGUGAGGAGGGGAACUUCUACGUCACUGAUUGUGUAUGCGGGGUAUUCAGUAUGUCAAGGAGGUUGCUCCGGUUCUCUGGUUUUUUAUGAGGGGAUA